ACGCAGCCGUUUUGGGAAUCUCAUUGUGAUAAAAGCAGAUGAUCAGCUUCCUUGUUUGUUGGAUUUCCAUUUGAAAUUUAGGCAUCUGAUUCUGAUAUACAUCUAUUAGUUCUCGCUCAUUUUUUUGCCUAAUUCUCCUUCAUAUAAACAAGCAACUGAAGUAGUACUGGCUAGCUGUUGAUUUGCUUAUCCAACUCCGUAAUUGGAAAAAAAAGUGCAGGUGAUCUGAUCUUUCCUUGGAAUUUUGGAACGAACAAAGAAGAAGAAGAAAUAAAAGGAAAGAAAGAAAGAUGAACGACCUGAUGACAAAGUCGUUCACCAACUACGUGGAUCUAAAGAAAGAGGCUAUGAAAGAUUUGGACUUGGAAGCCGGGCAUCAUAACAAUGUGGAGAUGUCAUCCUCCACCACAAAUAUGCACACCGACCUUGGUCUGUUCCUGGAAGAGGCCGAGAAGGUGAAGCAGGAGAUGGCAUCUGUUCGCGACAUUCUCGUGCGUCUGCAGCAAGCCAACGAGGAGAGCAAGUCCCUCCACAAGUCCGAGGCUUUGCAAUCCUUGCGCAGCAGAAUCAAUGCGGAUAUUACGGCAGUGCUGAAGAAAACAAGGACCAUCAGAUCUCAGCUAGAGGACAUGGAUCGUGCCAACGCCGCCAACAGGAGGCUCUCCGCCUACAAAGAAGGCACUCCGAUUUACAGAACGAGGAUGGCGGUGACGAGUGGCUUGCGCAAGAAGCUCAAGGAGCUUAUGAUGGAUUUCCAGAGUCUGAGGCAGAGGAUGAUGAGCGAGUACAAGGAGACCGUUGGGAGACGCUACUUCACGGUCACGGGAGAGCAGGCGGAUGAGGAGGUGAUUGAAAAGAUAAUCUCGAAUGGGGGUGGGAACGGGGCAGAGGAGUUUCUGGGGAAGGCAAUACAGGAGCAUGGGAGGGGGAAGGUGUUGGAAACGGUGGUGGAGAUACAGGACAGGCACGACACGGCCAAGGACAUUGAGAGGAGCCUGUUGGAGUUGCAUCAGCUUUUCUUAGACAUGGCAGUAAUGGUGGAGGCUCAGGGGGAGCAGAUGGAUGAUAUAGAACACCAUGUGAUGAAUGCUUCCCACUAUGUCAAGGAUGGAACAAAACAUCUCAACACCGCCAAGGGCUACCAGAGGAGCAGCAGGAAGUGGAUGUGUAUCGGGUUGAUAAUUCUUCUGCUGCUCAUUCUCGUCAUCGUUAUCCCCAUUGCCACCAGCUUCUCUCACUCUUGAAUUCAAUUUUCUUUCAGUUUAGUACUACUACUAGCGUGUACUUUUGCUUCAAUUGCUUAGGUUGAGGCCUUGAGGAGGGAGGGGGUGGGGUGGGGUGGGGAGGGCCUUAACUGUUAAAAUGUUUGUUUCUUUAAUUUCCGGUGGAAAUAUGAUAUGAUAAAUAGUAUUAUCCCUU